CUGCUCGAUGUCGUCCCCCAAGAGUCCUACGAGGAGCGCGUCAAGAUUUUCCGAGAGCAGUUGAACGAGGUCAGCGAAAAGGCGUUGGAGCUCCACAGCACGGAGGAGCUCCCAGGUGCGGUGGAUGGCAAUUUGGAGAUGGAACUGCUCGUCGAGGCGCUCAGCGAUUCCGAUACCAAGCGCGAUGCCCAGUAG